AUGCUUUCAUCUAUGAAUUAUGAGUCUUAAAUUCAAGACACUCUCCAAAAAGAAAAGAUUAUUUUUGAUACAAUAAAAUUAAGAAAUCAUGAAGGAAAUCAAUAUAUUAAACCUGUAAUAUAUAACUUGAAAUUUAGGUGGUCACCAAAAUGUGUUAUCAUUUGAAAGAAUGCUUUGAAUUAGAUGAAAUUAAGAAAUAACUUGAAACCAAUUAAUUAUUUACUUGUGCAGAGUGUAGUUAAAAAGCUUAAUAAUAUUCGGAUCUAAUGUGGGAUAUUCGAUAUUAUGCUAAUUAAGAAUUUCAUGAUUCAGUUGAUGAAAUUCAUAUCAUCUUAGGAUUAAUGGUCAACAAAUAUUAGAGAAAUAAAAAAUAUUUAGAUUUACUCACAAUAGAAGAUGUAAAAGGACAUUUUGUGGCAUUAAUACAACAAAAUUUUGAAACAAAUUCAUUUCUAAAAUCUCUUAUUGAUAAGAAAUAAAGUGGAUAAUAAGAAUUAUAUGCAAUUUGUCUUUUAGAUUUUGUGAAAAUUAUAAUUCCUGUAAGGAUUUAUGGAUGCUAACAUUUAGAAUGCUAUGAAUUCACAAGUUUAUUAUAUUAUUAAUAAAAUAAAAAGUAAAGUGAAAACUCCUUCAGAUGUACUUAUCCAGAAUGUAAUUAGAAAUUAGAUAUUUCUAGUUUAAAUUCAUUUUUUUAUGGAAUUUUUAUUGAUUAAUUACUCCUAAAAGAAAUUAAAUAAAAAAAUCCAGUUACAAUUAUAUUCAAUAUUAAUAAAUCAACUAAAACCUUUGAAUAGAAAAUAUACUUUCCUUUGAAUCAAAGUUUAAUUUCAUACUCUUAAAAAUUCAAUAAAUAGAUGACAAAAUAAUAAGAAUUAGAUAUUAGCACUAAUCUUGAUAAAGUUAUUUUAUAAAUAAUUCAAACUAAUUUAUUACUUGAAAAACAAGAUUUAAAGUCAAGCUUAUUAGAAAGUACAUCAGAAUUAUAUAUAAUUGAUUAAUUUACUAAAUUACAUGUUGAGUUACCAACAAGAUGUAUUAAUUGCAAAGACUUAAAUAAAUCAAUUGAUUUAUUAACUUAUAUAUUUGACUUUCUUUAUUAAAAGCUAAUGAAUAAUUAAUAAAAAUACUCAUGUCCUUUGUGCAAUUCACCUUAAAAUUAAAUUAUGGCAAUUAUCAAUCUUAACAAAUACAUAUAUAUUGACUAAUUUUUAUUAUUAAAAUUGAUAAAAAGUAAAAAUGAUAAAUAUGAAUAAUAAAAUUUGAAUAUACUUUCUCAAAAUUUAUAACAAUCGAAUAAUGUUGGUAAUUAAUUAAUUAGUAAUCAAUAUCUUAAUUCAACAGAAAAUAGUUAAUAAAUUAGUUCAACAAUUAUUUAUCAAACACUAAAGGAUAUGAUUUAUGAUACACUUUCAUUAGGGAUUUCAUACAACGCUAAAUUUAGAUAUCGAAAUCCAGUAAGACUAUUAUUUUAUAAAUUAGGCUUUAACCAAAAGAUGUAUACAUUACAAUUCUUGCUUCGAAAUGGAAGAAGCUCUAAAGGAUAUUUAAUAAAACAAAUUUUAUCAAUGCCCACAUUGUUAUUAAUAAGCAAAGAGUCCAGCUGAUUUAGUUGAAGAUUGGAGAGUUUAAGCAUAUAAAGAAUUUAAUAUAAUCGUUGAAAAUGUAACAAUAAUCAAAGGAAUUGUGGUGAAUAAAUACAUAAGAAAUAAAAAAAAAUAUUUGGAUUUUUUCUUGAUAGAAGAAUGUGCAAGACAAUUUCUAAAAAUGUUCGAGAGAGUUUCUUAUGAUACAUCAAUUUAUUCAAUGAUUUAAAAAGAAUUAGUUUCAUAGAAAUCUAACAAUUAAACUAUAAUCAAUUUUUGGUGUUUUUGUUUGUUGGAUAAAGUUAAAAUAAAUGUCCCUGUGAGAAUAUAGGGAUGUAAACAUUAUGAAUGUUAUGAAUUAACUAGUUUACUAUUCUUUUAGGAAUAAAAUAGAAAAAAAUAAGAAUUCUUAAAUUGCAAUCAACCUGGAUGUUCAAAUCGAUUAAAAAUUGCUCACAUAGAUUAUACUAAGUAACCAGAUACUCUAAAAACUCCUUAAACAGAGGAAUAAGAUAAAAUAAAUGAUAUCAUAACAUUAUUUUCAGGUAUUUGUGUAGAUUUGGAUUUAUUAAAUGCAAUAAAAUUAAGUAAUCCCUAUCCAUUAAAAUUUUAUUACAAUUAAGACACCGGAAAAAUAUAAGAAGAUGUAAUUAUAGAGAAUGGCAAAUAUGUUGAUCCAGUCAUUAAAGCAGUAUAUUACUAGCAUCCAGAUUUCCAUAUCAAAACUACUUUUGAAGAAUUCUAAAAAUAAAUAUAAUAAUAGGCAAUGUCAGUAAGUCAAGGAGAUCUCUUAUAAGAUGAUAAAUAAUUAGGCAAAAAAAUAUCUCUAUAUAAAUACAGAAAUUAUAAAGUAAAAAUGCAAGACCAACUCACAAAACUUACAAUUGAAUAUCCAGUACGAUGUAAAUUAUGUACAGAUCUAUAGGUUUGUAUGGAUAUGAGAAGUUAUAUUGCAGAUUUUAAUUAUUAAAAAAAAGUAAAUCCAACAAAAAUUUAUAGUUGUCCAUUAUGUAAAAAACCUUAAAAUAAGUCGAUGAUUCAAACUUAAAUUUAAAAUUACAUAUAUUUAGAUACAAAUAUGCUUUCAUAUAUGUUUAAAGACAUGUCUUACACAAAUGGAACAAAUAUUUUUGAAUAUUAAGGUGAAUAAUAUAUGCUUUAAGAAUUUAUGGAUAGAUACAAAAUCAAAAGAGAGGAUUACAUAAAAGAGUUAAAUGAAAGAUAGGUUGUAUUUAAGCAAUUGUUUUGUGCAGUAAAUUUUGAUUUGAGAAUAAAAUUACCUUUACUACUUUAAAACUGUCUUGAGAAACAUAUUGUUGAUUUUAAAUCAUUUUAUGAGGAAUUAAAAAAGAUAGAUUUUGAUUAUGAAUAACAAGGACUAAUAUUAUGUAAAUGUGUUCAUUGUUAUAGAAAUCCGAUUAAGUCUUUUGUAGGAAACAUCUAUUUUCAUGAACCCUUUUAUGAAGCUCUUAAUAAAUUUUAUAAGAUACAAAACCCAGUAAAUGAUAAAGAGUUCACUUACAAAUUUGCUGAUAAUGAGUAGGAUAGUAUGGUAGUUGUAGGAUAUAUAGUUUCUAGUAAUCCUAAAAUAAAAGUUGUUUAAAAAUUAGAGACAGAUUAUAAUCCUAUAGAUAAAGAUGAUAUCUAUUAUGAUUGGAAGUAUUAAUAACUUUUUUAAAGAAGAGAUAUUAGUGGUUUCUUUUUUAAUUUGAAAAUUAUGCAAAUAUAUAUUGGUAUUUUCUCAGUUUAUUUGGAAAAAGAUAAAAUAUAUGUAGAUCUAUAAAGUGCAAGGAAAUUUAUCAAUUCAAAUAUUAGUUUACAAUUAAAAUAGUACUCUUUUCAAAUAACUAAAAUUGUUUUACAAUUAAAAUCAGAUACAAUUUUUGGAUUCUUAAGUAGAAAUUACAUAUUUACAUCAGAUGAAUGA